CUCCCUGAUGUGCGCUCCGCAGAGGGCAGUGGGCCUCCGGGGCGCCGGGCAUGCUCCUUGAACGCGCUGGGGCGGCGGGCCCUGGGCCCCCGCACAGCCUGGAGCGGCUCAACCGCACCCGCUUCCCCUUCUUCUCCGACGUCAAGGGCGACCACCGACUGGUGCUGAGCGCCGUGGAGACGGCGGUGCUGGCGCUCAUCUUCGCCGUGUCCGUGCUGGGCAACGUGUGCGCCCUGGUGCUGGUGGCGCGCCGACGGCGCCGCGGCACCACCGCCUGCCUGGUGCUCAACCUCUUCUGCGCCGACCUGCUCUUCGCCAGCGCGAUCCCGCCCGUGCUGGCCGUGCGCUGGACCGAGGCCUGGCUGCUGGGCCCCGUCGCUUGCCACCUGCUCUUCUACGUGAUGAGCCUGAGCGGCAGCGUCACCAUCCUCACGCUGGCGGCCGUCAGCCUGGAGCGCAUGGUGUGCAUCGUGCGCCUGCAGCGCGGGGUGCGGGGCCCGGGCCGGCGGCUGCGGGGCGCGCUGCUCGCGCUCAUCUGGGGCUUCUCGGCCGUGGCCGCGCUGCCGCUCUGCGUCUUCUUCCACGUCGUGCAGCAGCGGCUCCCGGGCGCCGACCAGGAAAUUCCAGUUUGCACACUGAUUUGGCCCAGCAUUGCCGGAGAAAUCUCUUGGGAUGUGUUAUUUGUUACUGUGAACUUCUUGGUGCCAGGAUUACUCAUUGUGAUUGGUUACUCCAAAAUUUUACAGAUCACCAAGGCAUCAAGGAGAAGGCUGACUGUGAACAUGGCAUAUUCGGAAAGUCACCAGAUCCGAGUGUCCCAACAAGACUUCAGGCUCUUUCGCACCCUCUUCCUGCUCAUGAUCUCCUUCUUCAUCAUGUGGAGUCCCAUCAUCAUCACCAUCCUCCUCAUCUUGAUCCAGAAUUUCAAGCAAGACCUAGUCAUCUGGCCAUCCCUUUUCUUCUGGGUGGUGGCCUUCACCUUCUCCAACUCUGCCCUAAAUCCCAUUCUUUAUAACAUGUCACUGUUCAGGAAUGAAUGGAGGAAAAUUUUUCACUGCUUCUUCUCCUCAGAAAAGGGAGCCAUGUUUACAGACACGUCUGUCCGGAGAAAUGAUUUAUCUAUUAUUUCCAACUAGUUCAUGUUUCUCUUUACACAGAACCUGUCACUCUUUGGCAAGCCCUGGAAUUUUUUUUUAUUAAAGGACCUUUGUUUCUAACACCCUACUUUAUGAAAAUGUAACCUACGCAAAAAUUCAUUUACAGUGCCUGUAAAUUAAGGGGUGAUCAGUGUAACAAUUUUAUCCUUCAUAAGAGGACUUUUAAUGAGUUCCCUUAAAUAUGAACUUUUGCAGUGUGUUUAUAACAUGAUGGCAUUUAAUAAAUUUUUA